GAGAGCUUAACUACAGCAGAUAUUUAGCACUGUUUAAAGGAGAAACUGAAAGUUAUCGACAUGUACGCGUAGUAUUUUCUGGCAGGGAUGCUGCCGGAAAAACUACCGUAUGCCGCCGUCUCCAGAAAAAAAAAGUAAAUCUGAAGUUGCGCAGACCAACCAUUGGUGCUGAUUUACAUCCGGUAUGGUUCUCCAUUGACUGGAAAUUGAAAACCUGGCAGUGUAACAAUCGAUCUCCUAGUACAGUGAUAGACGCACGAAUGGGAGCGAUGAUGACCAAAACAGCAACAUUAGCUAAUAUACAGACAGACACAGAAACAGAGAUGUCGCCUCAUAGUUCGACACACGGAAAACGAAAACGAAGUGAUGAUGAGGCAGGAACACUCGAUAUGGCUUCUCAAGACAUCAAAACAAAACAGGUAUCGCACCAAAGAGAAAUAGAAAUUGCAGAUGAGGCACAAAUAGUCCACGUGGCUUCAUCUGAUACCCCGUCUGAUGUGGUGUUCCUUUCUUUAUGGGAUAUGGGUGGCCAUGCGCCGUUUCAAGCUUCACACAACAUCUUCAUUUCAUCACACGGAGUAUACCUUUUAGUCUUCAGACUAACAGAUUUCAUUAGAGACAAGCUGGAAACUGAUCGGCUUAAAAACUGGGUUCGACUGAUUGGUACAUAUUCCUCAGUUACGUUGAAUCCUGAAAAGCUCAGCAUACAUUCGCCGCCAAUAAUAUUUGUUGGCACAUUUUUGGAUGAAUUGAAGAAAAACAACAGGAACUACGGAAAACAAGUACAAGACAUAAGGUUCAGCGUCUCAAGAUUUCCCGAACUGUCAGCGUUCAACUUCGUCAAAUUCUGCACUGUCGAUAAUAGCCUUGGCGAUGAUCAUGAAGAGCUGGAAGUAUUGCGAGGUUUCAUCACAGAAGCGGCUGAGCACCAAGAUCAGUGGGGCAGAGAACUACCUACUAGAUGGUUAAAGCUCGAGAAGGAUUUACUUGAAGCAAGAGAGAACGGACAGAAAAUAUUGAAAUUGUCGGAGGUGAUUGAAAUGAACAAAACUUCUUUUGCGCCGUUGUCAGAUGAAGAUGAAAUCAAACUUGCGCUGGCAUACCUACACUGUACGAGGUCCGUGAUUUAUUUCCGGGAGUUGGACCAUGUGCUCCUAGACCCCCAGUGGCUAGCCGAUUUCUGUAGUAUCCUCAUUACUGAUGACCAGUUUCUCCCAGAGGCUGACCUGUUGUUGAUCCGAGAUAUGGAGUUAUACAAAUCUAAAGGGGAGUUGACUCAGAAGUUAAUAACUCAUCUGCUCAUUGGCGAAAAGAAUGAAGAAUUUCUUAAACACGCCGAAGUUCUUCUGGCCUUGAUGGAAAAGUUUGGACUCAUAGUGAAAAUGCUUGUGUCGGUCAACGCUACCGACAUAUCUCAUUUCAGUCAAGCGUAUACUAUUCCUUGCAAGUUGAGGGAGCUGCAGGAACAGAACAUCAAAGGCAUUACUGAAGAAAUGAAAUGCAUCCGACAGAGAAACGCUGCUGUAUCUAGCACUUUGUGCUUGGUAUUCGAAGAUAAAUACAUACCUGAUGAGUUGUUCGACAGAAUAUUUGCACAUAUCCUUAGAACUUACAUAUCGGGUUCGUUUUCAAGGCAGAGAUUCCAGAAAACGGCUACCGGCAGCCAGACGAAUAUAAAUGACAGCGCUUGCCUCUAUAGGGGUUUUGGAUGUUUCGAGGUCAAUGAACUUUGCAGAAUGAUCCUGUCUAUGCAUGCAGUACGGUCAACUAUAGCUGUGACGAUGUUCAGUCCAACAGAAUCCAGGCUUCUUCCAGAUUCAGGCGGACAUAUCAGGCGCACAAUAGAACAAAUUGUACGUGAGGCACUGAAAAUGAGUAACCAGCAACACUUUCUGUUCACAUAUCAACUGCAUUGCAACUUCCACCUGAGUCCGUACGACACGCCCGUAGACUUGCACAGCGUCAUUCACUCAGAGAGGGGCGUGCUUUGUAAAGGUGAAGAUUGUCAAGGUCGACAUCGACUUUCGAGAACGGAUGCUGAAUACUGGGACGUCACAGAGGCUCCAGGACAGGACAAUGCGACAGUUUGUGGUGAUAAUAGUAAUGACAGUAGACUGAAGCAAGAUGGUACGACUGAAAUUGACAACAUCUAUAACAGAAGACCAACACCACGUGAACUUGGUCGCCUGUCACGUCUAGUUUGCGGUAUUGAUUGUGAGCGCUUGUUUGUUACUCUUGGUCUCCCUUACCCCGAUAUCCAGAAUACGAAAUGGGAAUCACAAAACGAGGCGGUCAUCACACAUACCAAGAUGUUUCUAAAAUGGACAAAUGACUACCCGAACCAGACAAUUCAGCAUAUCAAGAAGGCAAUGGAGGAUACUGGCAUGGAUACUGGCCGUAUCAACGAAGUGUUAGUGAUUAACGAGGAAACCGAUAUUCAAGAUAUGGUUCCAAAUGAUGUCUGGAACAGACCCCCUACUAAGGCUGAAAUAAAGGCAAUCGUCACCGAAAUUGGCAACACAUAUUUCAACCUUUUUAUUGAAUUAGGAUUGCCACCACCAAUCAUUGAUCAACAUGCGAUUGGCCAUCCUGUUACCAUCCAGGCAAGACUGAGUGCUCUUCUUCAACACUGGGUGGACAGAAACCAGACGAAAGCAACCAUAGGGAAGUUAUUGACAGCAAUGAAACUUUGCCAGAUGGAUUGGUAUUCAAUAUCAAACUUGUUAAACUGUGAGGACAGCAUCGAUGAUGAGAUUCCUUCUCGUCACUUAUUCUGGAAAUGUUCUAUCGUCUAAUCCAAUAUUCAUGUUUUUGAAAGUUAAUAUACCAAUAUAUCGGCGUUUUGACAUUUAAAAUAUGAGGCGUGAUUCCAUAGAGGUGUAUUCACUAAAAAAAUGUAAACUUUUGAUAUUUGGUAGCUUCGGAUGGGUUUUUGAUUAUAAUUUACGCAAGUAUUGGCUUGUUUACUUCAGAAGAACAAAUAUUGCGGUAAGUUGGUAGUCAACACAAGAAAAAGACAUAACAUUGAUACGAUGACUUCAGAACAAAUCCUGCGCCAAGUUGGUCGUCAAUACAAGAAUAAGAAAUAAAAUGGAUACGAUGAUGAUAGUAUCAAACUGUCUUGUAUAGAGUAUAGGUCUUGUUUCGAUUUACUUUUUGCUUUUCAUUCAUGUACAUUAUCUCAACAUUCAGAAACGAGAAACGACAGUGGUUACAAGGUUACCAAUUGGAGAGCUAUACAGGUCGUCUCAUUGUAUUGUAUUUUACAGCAAUGCUAUAUCAUUUUUGCAUUUUUGCAAUCAUCAUGAACUCAUUGAUAUAUGAAUAUCUAAAUGUUAAGCGAAAUCUCUUUCCAAAAUUUAGAUCUAAUUACUAAAUGCAUGUUUAGUACACGUGAUUGUGUGUAACCAUUUACAGUCAGUCUCAUAACAGUUUUAACCACGUAUUUUAUUUAGAUUUGCAUUUUUAAAAUUUUCUUUUUAAACAUCUUUGUACUGGUAGACUGAU